AUGCAGAGACCACAAGCGCAAAGUGCCCGCGAAAAGAGCAAGAUUGAAGAGCUGAAGCUUUCACAUGCAGCACAGAAAGAGAGAGUUUAUCAGUCACCGGAGGAAGCUGCAAUGGGGGAAGAACAAGCCAGCAGUAUGAACACACCUACAGACACCGCGCCUAAGGUUGCAACACCUUCAAUUGCAAUUCCCAAACCCAAGCUGCCGCUGCCUGCAAUGCGCACACCCACUGCCUCGACCGACACACCUCGCGAAUGGAAUACCUCCAAGCUCGGUCUACGCAUCGGCGUCGACGCCCUCUCAGCAGGUGCAGCAGGGAUACUCGUCGCACCCAUCAUAACCAUGAUUGAUAAAGGCAUAAUCGAAAACGCAAGUGGCAGGAACACACUGGGCGUCAGUCUGAAGAAGAGUGCUGUGGAGUUACUAGCAAAACCCCACCACUUUGUGGGAAGCAAGCCCUUCAUUCUCAUCUUCAGUCUGUACUUUGGAACCUACUUUACGGCGAACAGUAUCGAUACAGCUUCUGCGACCGUGAAGCCUACACAAGGGUUACAGGAGCAGACGAGCGGGACGAGCAAGUUUCUAGCUACGAGUACAGCAAAUCUAGCGUUGUGUCUGUACAAGGACAACCAGUUUACGCGGCUUUUUGCUGCGCCGGGAUCGUCUCCACGGCCUGUUCCAUUGCCGACCUUUGCGCUUUUUACAGUUCGCGAUUGUCUUACCAUUUUUGCUUCUUUCAACUUGCCGCCUCUGCUCGCGCCGAAGGUAGACGAGCGCAUGGGCGAGGAAGUAAAGAAGUAUGUUGGAGCGCUGAGCGUUGCGCAGUUUGUUACGCCUGCUGCUGUUCAGCUUGUGAGCACGCCUUUGCAUUUGCUGGGUCUCGAUCUGUACAACAGACCUGAUGCUGCGGUGGGUGGUGUUGAUGGGAGGGCGGGUCGCGUUGUGAGGGAUUGGGCCAAGAGUGCUGCAGCAAGAAUAUGUCGUAUUGUACCUGCGUUUGGUGUUGGUGGUGUGGUUAACACCAAGGUACGAAAGAACAUGAUGGGAAGGCUUGAAGAGUAG